AUGUUCGACGAGGUUGGGCCGCAGUUUGCUAACAACUUGGUGCAGCAGGAAGGAUGGGCCUACGUCGACGUUCGGGCGGACUACGAGUUCGAGCACGGACGCCCGGCUGGGGCCGUCAAUGUCCCGGCCUUCUUUUCGACGGCGCAGGGGAUGACCGUAAACCCGGACUUCGUCGACCAGAUUGCUGAGAAGUUCCCAGACAAGGCGGCGAAGCUUGUGAUCGGGUGCCAGAUGGGGAGCAGAUCCGCGCAGGCGGCAGGAUGGCUGGAGAAUGCGGGCUAUUCAGGGGUUGUCAACAUGGAAGGUGGAUUCAGCGCCUGGGCCAGAGACGAUAGCCUCCCCGUAGAAGUGUAGUUCUCCUGUAACGCACGCUUCGGCGUGGGAAAACACGAUGAAUUUGGAAUUUUCCCGUGAUGGAAGCCGAGUUCGGGGUUCGGGCAGUGCAUGUCGAGGCUGGCCGCGGACAGGUAGACUACUGCCACAGCAGGAUAAACGUGGUAUACGUUGUCCAGGGUGAUCGUCAAGCGCCUGUGGUAGGAUGGAAUACGACCUCUCCGUGAUGAUGGGAUUACGCUGUCUUGCACUACAAACCCAAAGCGUUGUCGCCUAGCCGUUGGAGUUGCCGUUGUACCCGCACCCGAAAACUGUGCACUUUCCUUUGGCGGCAUUGGCUUUGUGGCGACGCGUACGGGCGUCGGGAUGUCGGCUCUACUCGGGUAUUCGCUCUGUGUCAGGAGCUGUAGUGAAACAGGUGGGCCUUUCGCUUCAGUGGUUGCAGCCCGUGGACUGACUCUGUUGCAUGAUAUCAUGUUCGACUUGUUGACUUGCUUGCAUUGUUCUAGGGAACAGUUUACCCAAGUGCUUAAGAACCUGGUGUUUUUUUUUUUUUUUUCUCGUAGGGGAUCCCUGAGGUUGCUGGAUGAGUGCUGCCGUCAUGAAUGACUUCCAGCGCGACGCGACAACUCGUUGUCGGUCACCGUGUAAACCAAAGAUCUCUCGAC